GUUGUAUAUAUUAAAUUUCGUUCAUAAUAUAAAGAUAGAAGGAGUAAUACAUCUUUUGGUACAUGGGGAAUGGGGGUCAUCUUGACUCUUUUAGAUGGUGCAACAACAGUACAGCAUAUCAUAUCAUUAUAUAUUAUGAGCAUACGGAAUCUGGUGGUUUAAUAUUACCCAAUUGAAUCAAUGAUAUGCCAUAUACUGCUCUACAAAUAAAUUAAAAUACUAACUCCUCAAAAUGAAUACUAAUAUUUCCUCAAUUGGUUUUGCCAAAUCGCUGGAACUAACAAUUUCUGUAGUUAUUGGACGUAUAUCUGUGUUUUAUAAAACAUUAGGAGGAGUUGGCCAAUGUAAGGGUUUUCUACUCUUCUUUGUCUCCAGGUGAUGUUACUCAAACAGUACUACAUUCGAUUUAAUAUCACGGUUUAUGGCGAAUCUAAGCAAGUUGGAUACUCUCUAAAUAUCUCAUAUACAUGCACCCCUCCUCCUCAAACAAACCUAACUAACAUCACAUUAAUUAUCAUUUUUGGAUAUAACUUUAAAAGUAUUGUCAGGUAGAGUGAUUUCCGUUUUAACGAGUGACAAGGACACAUUUACUAUCUAAAUCAAUUCUUUUUCAUCUGACCAAUCUUUGUCGGAAUUUUUUGACUCCCCCACUUUCUGUUGCAAAAAAUAAUUAAAAUAAUUUCUACACACCAAACAACAAUCUAUCUAGUAUAUACCAUCGUGUAAAAAUAACGCAGGAACACACCCAUUCACCCACUCACCCACUCACACCCACCCCACUACUCUUCAAUCACCGAUAACCCGAAUUAACCCCAUUACUUUGUAAUAAUCUCUGUUGAAC